UUGUCAAGGCGGACGUUAACUCUGCGACACAAGUUGCAAUACUCCAAGUAUGGCGCUAUCGCAGUGUCUGGAGGAUUCACCGGGCUGGCGGACUCCACGGAUCGGACAGGAUUCUAGCUUAAAAGAAUUGUAUAAUGAAAGACACCGGCUUGCUCUGGAAGAACUGAUUUCCGGAGGAGCAGAUUCCUUUGUGGACUUUCUGAAGAAGGAAAGAAUACCGAAUUUCCUUUCCGAUGAAGAGAUCAGACGGAUUUCUCGUGCCGCAGUGGUACCUAGGUGCGUUUCCUUAAUCGGGGAUGAAUCCCAUUUAGAUCAGUCUGGCACUUUGGACUGUUCGUCGGUCACAUACUUCCCCGAAAUAUCUGACAUAGAGCCCCCGCUUUUAGAGAUCGGUUGGCCCGCUUUCACAAGGGGUUCGUUCCGUGGAGUUACCCGCGCUGUUGCAUACUUCCAGCCAAGCUAUGGCGAGUGCAUUUACAGCUGUAAAGAGGCGGCAAGAAGGAUGAUCAAAAGUGCCAAGGAGGUCAUUGCCAUAGUAACAGACUCGCUGACGGACUUGGAUAUUUUCCGCGACCUGCAGGAGGCGUGCUGCCAACGUCGUGUGCCUGUGUACAUCCUCCUGGACCAAACUUCUCUCCCAGCGUUCCUGCAGAUGUGCAAAAACCUGAAUGUACACCUCGAUGAGCUCCAGCAUAUGAGAGUGAGGACCAUAACGGGAUCUACUUACUACAUGAGAUCAGGUGCACGCAUCACGGGUAAAGUUCAUGAACGAUUCAUGCUAAUUGAUGGCAAUAGAGUGGCUACUGGUUCCUACAGGUUCAACUGGACUGAUGGUAAACUCAACAGUAGCAAUCUGAUUGAGCUAUCUGGCCAAAUCACUGAGAACUUUGAUGAAGAGUACCGGAUCCUGUAUGCCCAGUCUCUCCCAGUGAACACAAGAGCACCCCCUAGUGUCCGAAACAGUGGCAUCUAUGACCACCUGCUCCUGAAGCUCCCAGGAACACCUGCUUCCCAGCUAGUCAAGGCAGCAAAACCCGAACUAGCAUGCCUGACCAGCACACCCAGCAAAUGUCAGGCUGCAGAGAUCCAACCGCUUGAUAAAGAAUCAGAGAAAGAGGACAAGAAGAGCAACCCUGGAUCUGACACCUCAACUCUCGGAGAUGACUGGAUGGAUCAGGAGCUCAGAGAGGAUGUCAUUGGUGCUGGUGACCCUCUGGCGAAGGCUGGGCAGGUCGAUGGGUCCAACGGUACUCAGACAGUGGCCACUAUGACCUCCCCAGCUGCCUCGUACUGCCACGCGUCCACGCGGACCACCGGUGUCAUGUCAGACAGUGCGGUCCAGACAGAAACACCUCAGGAGCCCCACCCAACAUCUCCGAGCACCACCUCCGGUGAUCAGGACAACAGCUCCAGCGACUCAUCCAUCUCAAGCUCCAUGCCACCCAGGGACAGUCCUGCACCAAAGGAGGUAGAGCACCACCCUGUCACCACCAGCAGGACAGCCGCUGCAGGCAGCAGCCUGAGGGAGUGCUUUUGCAGGCUGGCCAAAGAGCGGCAGCGCCACUAUACCACGAUUCGUGCCAAGUUGGACCACAUGAUGAUGCUGCUCUCCCACCGCAGGGAGUGGGUGGACUAUGCCGGGGCCCUGGGCACUGGCCCACCCAGGGGCUACCCAGGGCAGGUAGAGGGCAGGCACGUCCAUAGUGUGAUGGACAGUGUGCUUAUGGGGACAUGGCCAAGGUCAAGGUGUCUGCAGUGAAGUAUGUAGGAAUGGAGCUAGUGAUGGGAAAGUGGGUACGCUAGGCUAAGGGCUAAAGUUAGUGAUUUAGGGCUAGGGGUAGUGGAUUAGGGCUAAGAUUAGGGUUAUGGCUAUGGUUAAGGGCUUUAGGCAUGCACCACAUAACAUGGUUUAAAUGCCUUACCAAUAUGCAUUUAGUCGAAAUUGUAAUAGGAUAGGUGAGGUUUAUAGAGAAAUGUAUGAACUUCAGGUCAAAGGGACUUUACCGCAAUGGUACUUCUUCAUUUCAACUUUAUCUUUGUAUUAUUACUGUAACCUUUGCCUCUGUGGUAUUCAAUAAGCCAAAGUAUACCGAGGCCAGAUUUUGUAGCUGGAGAAGCCAAUGCUCAGUUGGUAAGAACAUUUCUAAAACUGUUCUUAACCUUGUAAUAUGUGUUUGAUUUUUCCCACAUGAAAAAGAAUGGAAAAACAGCAAAUAUUCCACACUCAUAUCAUUAAGGAUUCCUUUUUUGAUAAUGACACUAAUGAUGUAUAUAAAUUUAUCAGAAGAAAAGAUAGUUAUAUGAUGACAUUAUUGUCUUAAAAUGGUAGUGUGAUGGGAGUAAAUCACAUACGUUACUUCAUCUGUUUUGUUUAAAAGUGAAUCAGUUGAGAAAUGGUUACAAUCACAUUUUAUACAUCUCUUUAUGUUUCACUACUGACAAUGCACAGGCACUUGGGGACUCUUUCUAUCUCUCUGAAAACACUGAAAUGGUUUUAGCUAUGAUUGAAUUGGCUUGUAAGUACAACAAAUUCUAAUAAAGUGUC